AUGUGCUCGCCCAACGUGCACUACGACCACCGCCCGCGCGGCUUCUCCGACAACCCCUUUGAGGCGACGGCUAGCAUUGCAACAGAUGCCUAUCCCCCACGGAGCGGCGGCGCAGGCCCAUCGGCCUUGGACCGAGGAGACGCACCCUACCAGCGCACCCAUCCCACGGCUUCCGACGACGCGGCAUCGGGACAUCCGUACAACAGCAGCAGCAACAGCAGCGGCGGCGGCAGCAGCUACGCUUUCGCGGAUCACAGGCACCGCAGCUCGGCUCCAGGCUCCCAUCACAACCACCACCGCCACCAGGGCCACCCUGACUUUCCAGGUCGCCAUUUGACAGCCUCGGCCGUGUCAUCGUCAUCGUCAACGGCCGCAUCCGCCUCCCUUCAUCACACCAUCACCCAUUCUUCGUCCGUCCUCUCGCUCGCCGUCGACGAGCAGCGUGGCCUCGUGUUCAGCGGAUCGCAGUCCGAGUGCAUCUACGUCUGGGACCUCGCCACCUACCAGCGCACGACCCGCCUCGAGGGCCACACCGGCAGCGUUCUCGCCCUCGAGCUCGCACCCGAAAGAAACUGGCUCUUCAGCUCCUCGGGCGACAACACCGUCCGCAUCUGGGACACACACUCGCUCCGCCCGCUCUACGUCGUCUACCCGGCAGAGGACAACGUGGGAGACAUCUUUGCGCUCAAGUGGUGCAGCGAGCUCCAGACCCUCUACCUCGGGUGCCAGAACACGUCAAUCCAGUGGAUCUGCCUCGAAGGCAUCGCUUCAUCGGCCUCGAAUGGCAGCCAGGCCGCGACGCAGCCGGGCGCUGCGACAGCGACGCCAGCUGGGGGCUUGGCGGUACGAGGAUCGGCACACGGCGGGCAGCUGCGCGGCUCCGACAGCCCAAAAGUUGCCACGCCCGGAGCCUUUCCCGUAUCGAGACCCCACCGCUUCUUUGACUCGGUGUCGCUCUCGCGCAGCCGGUCCACCAACACCACGGCAGCGUCGGCUGCAGCUGCCAGCGGCAAGACCGCGAGAGGCGCUGGUACAGGGGGCAGCGCCACCCCACAGCCUCCGCCGCCGCCGCUACUGAGAUCGCGGAUCUCAGAGGGCCAUCUUGGCAACGCCGAUGGCGAUGGCGGCGGCAUCAGAGCCGCAGGACCGGAAGCGACGGGCCCGGCCACUCGGCCUCAUGCACAGCAUCCCGGCGCGGCAACGGACGAAGUCAUCUCGGCAGCUUCUGCGAGGCUAAGCGACAUGUCGCUGACAGUGCCAGAUGCUCUGCGGCACCCUGAAGCAGCCGUCCUUGAUCCUGACUCGUCGUUUAAGAGGGCCGUCGAUGCUUCUGCAGAGAACGGCGCCGUGGUGGAGACGCUCGUAGUGCCGCCGGCCUGUUCGGUCCCCAGCGCCCACUUUGGCUACAUCUACACGUUUGCCAUCCUCACGCUCGAGGGCGAUCACCCGCACCGCAAGGUGCUCGCGUCCGGAUCGGGAGACGAGGCCGUCAAGCUGUGGCAUGCCACGCCCGAGGGACUCGUCCAUCUGGCAACGCUCGAAAGCCCCAACACCGACGGCAAUGCAGUGAUGGCGCUGGCGUCGUGGAAGAGCACCCUCUUCGCUGGGCUGCAGGGCGGCGAUGUCGAAGUCUGGGACCUCGAGACGUGCACGCUGGUGCGCACGCUGCGGGCCCACGACGACGACGUGCUGGCGCUCGAGGCCUGCUCGUACGACGGCUGCCUCUUCACCGCCUCUGCCGACGGGAGGAUCCGGCGGUGGGAUCGCUCGUUCCGAUGCACCGAUCAGUGGAAGGCGCACGACGGCAUCAUCCUCUCGCUCGCGUCGAUCCGGCAGCCCGUGCCGCCCGGGCAGCCGAACCGACCUCGGCCCGUGCUCCAGCUCGUGACGGGGUCCAGCGACGAUCUCAUCAAGAUCUGGAACCUGCCGCAGAGGGACGGCGGGGCGGGCCGGUCGUCUGAGUACGCAGUCGACGGCGGCGGCAGCCGAGAUCAGACGCCAUCUGCCGCAGCUGUGCCGAGUGCGCCCGGGUCGUCGACGCUGCUUUCGAGCCUGGCGCAGUUUGUGCGAUACCGCAGCGUGUCGUCGGUCGAGGAAAACCGCGAGGACUGCCGCCAGGCGGCCCACUUUCUCAAGGCCUGCCUGAGUGGCCUGGGUGCCGAGGCCAAGAUCCUGGCCAACCUGCCGGGACGCAACCCGCUCGUCCUCGCCACGUUCAAGGCCAACGGGUCGCAAAGCCGCAGCCGCAGCCUCAGUCGGAGCCGGAGACCGAGCGAGCAGGACAGAGGAGAUGCCACUGCCGCCACAGGCGUAGACGCAGAUGCCGCGGACGGUAGAAGCGGGCCUUUGUCUUCGUCCCCACCGCCGACGAAGCGGUGCCUCUUCUACGGCCACUACGACUGCAUCGACGCCGAAGGACAGUGGGACAGCGACCCGUUCCAGAUGGACGGCCGAGACGGCUACCUGUACGGGCGGGGCGUGUCGGACAACAAGGGCCCUAUCCUCGCCGCCGCCUGCGCGGCCAGCCAGCUGCUCUCGCAGCGGCAGCUCGACGCCGACGUCGUCUUCCUGAUCGAGGGCGAGGAGGAAACCGGCAGCAUCGGCUUCACCGAGGCGGUCCGCGCCCACAAAGACGACAUCGGCCAUAUCGACGUCAUCCUGCUGUCCAACUCGUACUGGCUCGGCGAGGACACGCCGUGCCUCACCGUCGGGCUGAGGGGCGUGGUGCGGGCCACGAUCGAAGUGAGCGGCGACGAGCCCGAUGUCCACUCGGGCGUCGAGGGCGGCGCGGUGAGGGAGCCCAUGAUCGAUAUGGUCAAGCUGCUUUCGAGCCUCUCGUCUGGUGCGCAGGUGACAAUUCCGGGCUUCUACGACGCCGUGCGGCCAGUGACGCCGGCCGAGGUGGCGCAGUACGAGUCGAUCGCGCGGAUCAAGCUGCAGGCGGCGCAGCCCUCGUCGGCCUCGACGGCCGAGGCCGUGGCGGCGUGCGCGCAGUCGCUCAUGGCCAAGUGGCGGCACCCGUCGCUGUCGGUGCACCACCUGCGGGUGAGCGGGCCGGGCAACAGCACCGUGAUCCCGUCCAAGGUGAGCGCGACGGUGAGUCUGCGCAUCGUGCCGGACCAGUCGCUUUCGGCCAUCGAGUCGGCGCUGCAGCGCCACAUCGACAACGUCUUUGCCGGCCUGCGCGCUGGCGGGUCGGCCAACGCGGUGCACGUCGUCGUCGAGCACCGCGCCGACUGGUGGUCGGGCUCCUCGUCGCCCUAUUUCACCCACCUCGAGCGCGCCGUGCGCGACGUGUGGGGUCUCUCGUCGUCGUCGUCGCCCGAUCACGAUGGCGGUGGCGGGCCGAUCAGCAUCCGCGAGGGCGGCAGCAUCCCCGCCAUUGCGAUCCUCGAAAAGGAGCUGCGCGCCGAGGCCGUGCACCUCCCCAUGGGCCAGAGCAGCGACUCGGCGCACCUGCCCAACGAGCGUAUCCGCCUCGUCAACCUCAGAAGGGGCAGGGACGUCGUGGCGCGCUUCCUCUGCGCUCUUGGGCAGGAGCACCCGCAGCAGCCGUCGUAG